CCGGCGAUUAUCCACGACGUGAGUUGUCGCGACUUUCCAAAACAGGCUCUCCGUGGGACCUGAACGUGCUACUCGGAGUCAGAGCCAACUCUGCUUCCCCCACCAUAUUCUCUCUCAUCUAUACUUCUCAAGACUCUUCACUCCUCUUGUGUAUUGGUUCAUCGACAACAACCACCUUUUUCCUUAUCUUUCUCCAAUUUUGCUCAUUCAUUCACCAUCCACCGAUCACUCCCCACUUGCAAGCUCGUCCGAAGUCUUUCCCACUCUUCCGGGUCAUUCCUAGUCUUUCGGCCGUGGUCGACAAUCCAGACUAGAUUGCCCAAAAGAGUCUAGUGAGUAGCGCGGUGACAUGAUGAAAAUAAGUGUGACGCUGAAUUCGGACCCCCGGUCUUUUCCUACAGUUCUUUCCAAAACCCAACCGACCCCUAUCGUCACUUGCCCUAUAAUCGACACGCCACCCUCUUUCAUAGUUAAUCCACUCCUUUCUGCAACACCACUUCGACGUGUUGUAUCCACCAAAACUCACUGUCCUACCCCCUGGCCAAGUUUCAGACCGCUCAAACGCCCCGUGCGCGACACAAACAACAACACCUCGGCACAUUGUUUUGAGUGACAAUCACACACAAAAGGCCUUUCUUAUUGUCCUCCUCAAACGCCGAAUUUUCCCUGUGGAAGUUGCUUGCGGCUGUGCAUAUAUACAAGUAUAUAAUCAACCAAGCACAUACGCCAUCACCCCCUUCUUUCCGUCACUUUUGACACGUCGGCUGGUCUUGACGUCCCCCCCACGCUCUCUCGACGAUAUCAGCUUGGGAUAGAUACCGAAACGUAUGAGCGUCGCUGGAACGACUUCUGGGAUUAUGUCUACGUUCAAGUUUUUGGGGAUAGCGACGGUGAAGGCUUUGGAUACACUGCCGUUAUCGCUGCUGGUGGUCAUCUUUCUCGCCUGUCUGGUCUUGCUCCAAUGGCCGUUCCCUUCAUCCCCUUCUCUACUCCCUACUCAUACCCCUCCGACAUACCCUGAAAAACUCGCCGGCUCGCAUACAUUCCCCUCCAACCCCUUCCCCGCCGCUUCCUCCCAGACAGCUCUCGGCCAUGGCCACCCCCAAACCCAGUUGUACACUGUGGCUGUGACGAUGGUGAACGGCCAGCAGCAGGUGAUGCAGGUCUUGCAGCCGCCGGGCAAGGGAAGGAAUGUAAGGAGGGGGAGUAAGCAAUUGAGAGAGUACAGGUCCGGGCUGGGCGUUUUGGAGGAAGUUGAUGGGGAGGAAGCUAGGGAGUUGUUUGAUCGGCCCUAGAGGCUCGGUCGAGACGUUUCUUAUGGACAUUUGCUACAUUCUUAUCUUUUUAGGUCGGUACAUCAAUAGACCUGUUACCUCUUCUUGCUUGUAGUUACGGCACUUAUUAUAUUCGGGCUGUGUGUAGCUAUAUUACUCUCAUUUGUGAUAAUAACGUUGUGUAUAGAUGGGAAUCCCCAAGACCAAAAUGAACAUACAGAUUAGAUGGGAAGAGCCUAUGAAUUGUGGACGAUAUCGAUUGACAUGACUCAUUCCAUACUCGCGCGGAUGGGUUUGUUUCAGCUUCAAUUUACAACAUCUGAGUAGGAUCGCCGACCUCAGCCCCCGGCACAGCACUUGUGGAUACCCUCCUUAAUAUACCUGCGCUGAAGAGUAGAAGCUGAGAUGAACGGCCAUAGCCUCUCACAAGUACUACAUACCGUCUGGUCCAAAAUACUGACAGCUUACUUGUUGAGAUGGCGGUUCCGCUUUCGCCAAGACCAACAGGUUAUGAGCCUCGGAUCUCUCCACAAAAGCACAAUCCACCAUGACAAGCGGGUGACCCACACUCAUGAAGAAAAAAAGUGCCAUAGUGGAUUGUUCUUUUGUGGUGAGAUUCGAG